AUAUACACAAUUAUUUUUAUAAUUUUAAAACAUGAGAAAAUUUAGAAAUUAAUGAAAACAAAAAUAUGAACGUAAUUAAUUUUUAAUAAUUUUAUUUUAUUUAAAAAAUUAUGGAAUAAUAGUUUUAGUAUUUUUCUACAAAUAUUAUGCAUAAAAAUAUUUAAUUAUAUAAAUAAAAUAGAAUAUUGAAUAAAAUAGAAUUAAAAUAUUUGAUUAAAUUUUAAUAUUUUUACUUUAUAAUAUAUAUCUUUAUAUUAUAAUGUUAAGUCAAAUUUUUAUGGUAAUUUGUACUUGUUGAUAAUUUAAAUACAUAUUUGAAAUGCACAACGUGCAUUCAUAUAUUACAUUUAUUUUAAGGUUAGUUAUUUAAUACUUAAAGAUUAAUAUUUGAAGAUUAAUACGUAAUAUUUUAUAAUAGUAUUUUACAUAAGUUUAUUAUCUUAAUAAUAAUAAUUUAAAGCAUUUAAAUUGCAAUAUUUCGAUUUAUUGAAAUGAAAGUUUCUAUAUUCAAUGAAGGUGAUCGCGUACUCUUAGUUGGAGAAGGUAAUUUUUCAUUUUCUCUAGCAUUAUUUCAUCUUAAUUUAAAGAUUGAUAUUACUGCAACAUGUUAUGAGACUAAUAUUGAUCAAGAUUUUGGAAAGAAAAACAUAGAAUAUUUAAAAAAUUAUGGAAUUCGUGUACUAUUAGGAGUUGAUGCAACAAAUUUAAAAGAACAUCCAAUAUUAAAAACAGAAUUAUUUGAUAAAAUUAUUUUUAACUUUCCUCAUGUUGGUGGUAAAAUGCGAAUAGAAAAAAAUAGAGAACUAUUAAAACAAUUUUUUAUAAGUAUAUCAGAAUCAUUAAAAAGUAAUGGUCAAGUAUUAGUUACUUUAUGCAAAGGUCAAGGUGGUACAUCUAUUGACAAUCCACCAAGACGUUGGGAUGAUUCAUGGAAAAUUACAGAAAUGGCAGCACAUGGAAAUUUUAUAUUAAUAGCAAUUGAACCAUUUGUAUGGUUAUCUUUCCAAAAUUAUAUAGUAACUGGAUACCGUAGUUUAAAUAAACAAUUUCAUUCUAUUGGAGCUUUAACUCAUAUAUUUAUAAAAUCUGAAUUACCAAAUCUUAACAAUAUUGCUCCCAAAAAAAAAAUAAAUAUUCUAUCAUGUAAUAAUGAUAAUUUUUCAUGGACAGAUAUAAAUGAUAUUGUAAAUAACAUAACAGAUAUAAAUGAUAUUGUAACAAACAUAAAUGAUAUUAAUGUAGAUACUCACACAUACACAUUUGAUAUAACUUUUAUCAUUAAUGAAAAAUUUGAUUCCAUUAAAUUUUAUGUGUUAUUAUAUAACUAUGCAGGAUGUAUUAUAAAUAAUGUUGUUUUUAUAAGAUCUUAUGUAUCUUCAGAAAAAAUAGAAAAAAGAACUUAUAGAAUAAGUUAUAGAUCUAAUUGUUUACCUUUAUAUAGAAAAAGAGUUAUUAAUAUACAUGAAAAUUUAAUAGCAGAUAUUUUAGAAAAUAAUUUAAAUGUAUCAGUCUCAAGAUAAUAAUGUUAUAUAUUAUAUUAAAAAAAAUGUAUUGUAUUUAUCAAGUAAAGAAUGUAAUUAUAUAUAAUUCUUUUUGGAAACAAAAUAUUAUGUAUAAUAUCAUAAUAAAUAUUCAAAGACAUAAAAAUAUAAAUAAAAAUAUAUUUAAGUCAUUUUGUAAAGGAUUUAAAGAACAAGAAAAUAUUUCCAAACCUUUACGUACAAUAAAACCAAAAGCAAACAGUGAUACAGAAAAGAAUAUUAUUGAUUUGAAAAAAGUAAGAACAAUUGGUGGAAAAGGUGGAGAUGGAAAUAUAUCAUUUUUGCAAUUGUGGGCAAAUGAAAAUGCUGGACCAGAUGGUGGAGAUGGUGGAAAUGGUGGGCAUGUCAUUUUUCAGGCAGCAUUUGAUGUUAGAGAUCUCUCUCACUUAACUAGUGUUCUCAAAGCUGAAAAUGGUGAAAAUGGCUAUAAUAAAAGCUGCUUUGGAAAAAAUGCAGAACAUACUGUAGUACAUGUUCCUAUAGGUACUAUAGUACGUAAUAUAGAGGGACACAUAAUAGCUGAUUUAAAUCAAAAAGGAAUGAUGUUUAUUGCUGCACGAGGUGGUGCUGGUGGUCAUGGAAAUGCAUUUUUUAAAUCAGAUGUAUAUCAAGUACCACGUAUAAGUGAAUAUGGUGCAAAUGGAGAAGAUUUACAAUAUGUAUUAGAAAUAAGUAGCAUGGCACAUGUAGGAUUAAUUGGAUUUCCAAAUGCAGGUAAAAGUACAUUGUUAAGAACAAUAUCUAGAGCUAGACCAAAAGUUGCAGCAUAUCCAUUUACGACAUUAAAACCUCACUUGGGAAUGGUAUUAUAUGAUGACCAUGAACAAAUUGCAGUUGCUGAUUUACCGGGUCUUAUACCUGAUUCUCAUAAAAAUAAAGGUCUCGGUAUACAAUUUCUUAAACAUGUAGAACGUUGUAAAAUUUUAUUAUUUAUCCUUGAUAUUACAUCUGAUGAACCAUGGAGAGAUUUUGAAAUUUUAAAAUACGAAAUCACAGAAUUUAAUAUACAACUGAACAAAAGAUUAUUUCUUAUUGCAGCAAAUAAAAUGGAUUUGCCAGGAACAAUGAAAAAAUUAGAAAUACUGAAGCAAAAAAUUCAUUUACCAAUUAUUCCAAUUUCUGCUAAAAUGGGUACAAAUAUAUCUAUUUUAUUAAAGGAGAUAAGAAUAUUAUAUGACAAAGAAGGAAAAAAAAAUGGAAAGAAUAUAAUGCAAUAUGAAGAUUUUACAUAAUAUAUAUAUAUAUAUAUAUAUAUAUAUAUAUAUAUUAAUAUUAUAUAUUUAUAAUAAUUUUUCAAUAAAAAACAUUUAUAAAAACUAA